CUUUAACGGUGGCUGAAAGAUCGUAGUGUGCUACCUUUUGCAUGCGAUUUCUUUUAUCAGAUUUUGCCAAACUCCGUACGAAAGAGUUGGAUGAGCAGAAGAAAAUUGUGGAACAAACUGCUGAGAUCAGUGAGCUGAAGAAAGAUUUGAUUAAAAUUCAAGAAAUAACUAAAAAGUUGGCAGUAGAAUUGAAUGAACAAAAGAAAACAAACGCGGUAAAGAAAGAAUUACAAGGACUUGAUGAGAAUUUGGUAGAAGAACAAAAGGAAACAAGGGAUGGGAUGAAGAAAGAAAAUUGCAAAUUAAAGAUUGGAAAUAUCUGCUAUUUCACUGUCAUAUUUGGGAAAUAUUACGUCAACUACACCGAAGCCAAUGCGAUUUGUAAGAAAAGUAACGCAGAUGUUGGUUUGAUUCGAGACGAAGAAUCCUACAAUGAGAUUAUGAAAUACCUGAUAAAGAAUAUGCCCAAGAGUGAGACGUGGAUUAGAAUAUGGACAGGAAUCCACUUUGAUCCAAUGACUCGUGACGUCACACCUACAAAUUCUUUCAUCAAAUGGUCUCAACAUUAUCCAUUCACUGGAAUCUCUCACAAAACUUCCACAAAUGUUCACCUUUUCGUCAAAUCCAAACUGGAUCUCAGAUAUCAAUUGAUGUUGAAUGGCGCUCCUAGCAGAAAGAUUCAUGGAGUUAUUUGUGAGAUCCUGAUCUUAUAAAAUAUCAGUCUGAUUGCAUUUUGUUCCCAUGUAUCUAUUAUCAAUAAAAUAUAAAUCAUUCAUUCCCUUUCUGAAAAGAAUUUCUACUAAUGGAUAUCCCAUUUGAUUAAAUAAG